AAAACAUUCUCCAUGCUACCGGCAGGCAGACGUAAACAAAGUGUAACCCGAGCUUUGUUGAGAGUGGAAACUGCUCUGUUUUUGAAAUGAAAUGCCUGUUGGUUGUGAAUCAGCUGAACGACCCUUUCUACAUAGACUAUGAUGCCAGCUUCGCCGAGUACAUCAUUGACAGGGCGAAAGAAAAGGGUUUACUUGAAGUGGAUGACCUUCUCUUCAUGGCAAUAAAUGGAGAUGGAUCUGAGACAGAAACCUUCCUUCGUCGGAAAAUAAAAGUUUUCAUCAGACUCAUGAGGUUCAUGUUUGGACCAGUGAGUGAAGAGAUGGGUUUAUCACAUUUGAUCAGCAAGAAAGCGAAAUGGGAUUUUCUUCGUCGUGUCACUCGCCACUGGGCUGUUCUCGUGGAUACGGAGCAAGAAUUUCUUGUUGAGGCUAUAGAGAGGCUGCAUGUGAACCAGAUGGUCAGUGAGAAAAGUGUGGAGAUUCUGGAGAAGGCUGUCAAGCAAAUUCAAGCUGCUAGGGACCUCCCCACUCAACAUGCGUUAUUGCUGGUUAAUAACAAACUGCUUGCACUCUAUUCCAAUCGCAGUGCCCAUGAACUUCGGCCCAAAGAUAUCCUGUCUGUGAUGAUCCUGGCUGGAACAAUGUACCCCCAAACAGAGCGGCUGGAAGAUCUCUUCUCCCGCCAGUAUACAGGCCCUCAGUCGAAGUCUGAGAUCCCAUCAAGCAUUGAGGACAACAGUGAUGGAGGAGAAGACGAGUAUCACAGUGCACCCAACACACCAGGAGGAGGGAACAGGUCAAGGUCAUCUUCAGUUAAAUCAAACCACAACCUGGACAUAGAAACACUGGAUGUUCCAAGGAAUAAAGGAGCCCCUUCUGCAAUUGCUUCCAAAAACCCUCUCAGCGAUGCAUCCAGUCAGCUGUCUCUUUCUGAAUCUGAAACUGUGAAGUAUACAGCCUCUUCUGAUCCAAAUUCUGCUUCUCCUCAAGUUGAAAGAAAGCCAAGAACUAUUUCAUUGCUUGAUAUGUACAAAGAAAAGUACCCAGAUUCUCUCUUUGAAGAAAUGAAACCUCAGACUGUCAAGGAGACUGAUUCAAAGAAGAAUGCUCCUGAGAGGAUAAAUGAUAAAGUGAGUGCUGAGGUUGUUGUUCACAAAGAAGUUGAGACAAAAGGAAUGAUUGAAGUAUCAGAGAAUGUGGGCAAAGAACCAGAUGAAAUUGCUGCAAACCCCUGCACAAAUGAAAAUAAUGUUUCGAAAAGUGCUGAAACGCAAAAUGGAAAGGCCCCUCCCAAGGUGACUAUAACACAACUUGGAAAUGCACAUUCGGAGGGCAGAGGUCAGAUAGCAGAAAGUUCUUUCACAGCAGGAGCUGCCCCUGAAGUGGUAGCUAUACACUCAGAAAGACCAUCCCAUAAUGCUGAAGCCAUGCACACAGAGAGAACAAUUUCACAAGGAGAAAUUACUCAAAUAGGGGAAACUCAUUCUACUGUUCCCAAAACAGGAGAAAUGCCAGUUUUGGAUGCAGAACCAAUUCACAAUGAGAAUGUAGAAAAGUCUGUUGCUGAUAUUAGUAUAGAACAUUGCAACAAAAAACCUGAACAGGGUGGUGAUGCUUCAGAUCCCAGCGGUCCACAAAAUACUCAGAUUGCAGUAGAUGAAACAGCCUUUGACUCAGUCACUGGAAACCCUGCUGCAAUGUUAGGGACAGAAGCCCAAAAUGUUCUUUCACCAACGAAUACUCAAAAGAGAGAUGAUAGUGUUAACAGGAAUGACUCCUUGAAUGAUGAGCCUGACCCAACCUUAGAUUGUCAGAGUCUUUCAAAGACAAGUUCGGGUGCAGACAUCACUCAGCUGACUCGGGAGAGAAAAGAUAAUAGGUCUACACCAUCUUUUGUUCACCCAGACUCUAGCAACCAAAAUGGGAAAGAGAUACGUGCUUCGAGAUCUUCCACUAUGAGCUCUGGUCACAGUCAAGAGCAGGAGGGAUCUUCUGCCGUGAGUGAGGUAUCACGCAGCAGUUCAGUCAUUUCAAAUAUGAGUAAAAGUUAUCCCGAGCUGACAGCAAAUGUUGGAGAGAGCUUUCCAUCUACAGGACAUAGUGCUGGAUACCAGCAAGGCACCAAGAGAGUUUCUCCUCAACCAAUACGUGCAAGUCCGAACCCGCAAGAGACGGGGACAGCAGAGUCCUCCGUGUUGACGUACCAGACAGCUGGCAGUGUGGUAUCCUCUCCCAGCAGCCCGGCCAGCUAUCGUCCUCAGAAUGUCUUCCUGAAGACCUCCACAUGUCGUUACUCCCCCUACACCAUACACACAGCACAGGUGUUGCCUGGAGUCACUUUGGUGCUUUUGUCUCAGGCUCCAAGACAUAUAUUUGCUGACUACUUGUACCAAGUGAUUCACAAUGUUCAAGAUCUCUUGUACGGCCGUAGGAGUGAGUUACCUCGGUCUAGGAGCUUGUAUGUCUAUGAUAUCAUCAAUUCACAACUGGCAAAACUGCACAACAACUUGAAAAAAUUCAAGGGCAAAGUGAGGAACCUCAGCUAUGACAUUCAUGCUCGUUGGGAAAAAGAAGAUCUUAAACGCAAGUUGCUGGACUUCCUAGAGAGAGACAAGAGGACGCCCAUACCUCCAGAACUGGAAUCUCCUCUGUUGGAACUGUACAAGAGGCUGAAGGAACUCUUCUCUUGUCUUUUCCUCUACCCCAUCCCAGAGACCCCACAGUUGGCUGUGACCCUCUCUCAGCUAAGAGUUCGUGUUAAUGCUGAACUUCUGGACUAUCGGGAGUAUCUGAAUGUGAAGGCUCAGCGCAACAUCACAAUGACGAGCUAUAUCGAUGAUUUUCCUGGUCUCAUUCACUUUAUCUUCAUUGAUCGUCAUUUCCACCAGAUUACUGCUCCUUCGCUUAACAUUUCAAUGAAUGCAGGAGAAAGUAUGAAUGCCACAAGUUAUUUGAAAGAAAAGAUCUGGCAGAUGUACCAGUGCAUGAUGAACAAACUAACAGAAGGCUACACCACUGUGAUGAUGCGGGAUGGAGACUUCUACUUCUCCUAUUUCCUCUGGUUUGAGGACUAUGCAGGGAAUGCACUGCCUGUACAAGAGAGCUUCAAACCAUCUAAGGCACUGCCUUAUCCAGGAAUACUCAGUGGCUCCUUCUACAGCAAGCUGUUGCGCUACUGCUUCCCCCAGGCCAUCCACGGCUCGGUCCGCUGCUUCGAGAUGUUCCUGCUCCACGUGGGUAGUGUCCACCCCCAGUAUGUGGCCGCACAUUGCAAGAAACUGGCAGCCAAAAUGUGGGAAAUGACUGGAGAACCCUACACCACUGCUAGUCUCUUCUAAUGUAUUUCUAGAGGUGUUCACCAUCAGUUGUACCUGAUCUAUACCAGAGACUUUUCCUUAUUCCAUUUUCUAGUCAUAGGAAUAAAAACAAAUUUUACAAACAAAGCUGUUGUUUUUUAAAUACAACUUAGCAUUGUUACAAUUCAGUUUUAACGUUUCUAUAUUUUUUUCAAGCUCUCCAGUGCUUUUAUGGUGGCUGUUUACUCAGGACUAACUCUUCUUUUUUUUAAACAUGACCAUUCAGAAAGACCUGAAGUUUUUUGUGCAGUCGUUCUGUUUGAACACUAUGGCUGCUUACAGCUUUCACUCUUUGUUUUUAUUCAAUUCUAAAUAUUUCGCACAAUUUCCAAACCUCACAGUGCAAUGUAUACACUUUGUAUAAAGGUAAAUGACAAAGAUGUUUCUAAGUCACUUUAAAUUGAAAGACAGAAAAAUUGUGCUUAAUAGUAAACAGACCCCCCCCCCCCUUCCAAUUGUUUUUUGUGUUGUUAACCCACCAUGCAUCACUAACAAAUAGCCUGUAGUGUCAGGGGAAAUCAUAGGAUUUCACGAUAUAGUUUGGAAAAUACUGGAGAACAGGCAAACCAAGCAAGUAAAGGCCAUAAACCUAUACAUUUAUGAAAACAAGGAUGUAAAUCGGAAAUUGAGCUAAUUUGUGAAGAAAUUGAAAUGUUUAACAAUAUCAAAGACAGGAUAUGAAUGAAUGGAAAUGGCAACUCAAAUUAUGGCCAAUUAAAUAAAUUGGCAGCGACACCAUAAAGCAAAACCUCCAGCCAAUUUAAUUGGCCAUUGACUCUUGAAGGAUUAAGGCUAAUCAUAUCCUCAAGGUUCUCAUUCUCAUUUUCUUUCAAAAUUAGCAUAGAGCCUAAAGCUAUAAAUAACUAAAAGCUUUGGUCUAUUUGUUCUUGGGCCUAGCAAAGAUGACAUCAGCAUCAGUUCAGUAAUGUACUCAAGGAGCCCUUAAAGUGAACAAAAACAUAAAUUGAAUUCUGUAACGGCUGUUUGAAAUCAAGUAGAUCUAGACAAAUUAACAUGUAUACUCGUAUGUACUUAAAUGUCAUCAGAACCAAAGUACCUGAAUAAUGAAAGGAAAAAAGAAAGAGUUAUGGAUUUGAUAAUUGCCAACAGUGCACUUCUUGUCUUGUAAAAUGACUUGUGAUGGAGAAAAGUUUGCAGAAAAGUUUGUGCCUAGCAUGUCAGUUACCCUCUGUGAGUUACUUUGUUCUGAUGGCUUCAAAUCCUGCUUUUAUUUCAGUUUCAUGUUUCUGCAGAUAGUAGUGUCUGCACCGGUGCUAUCCAGAUGGCUGUGCCUGCACAGUUGUGUUCUUUCCAUUCCACAAUGUCUUAAAAUGUGAUUCAAUGUUAUAAUUUAUGUUCUUAAUCAGGAGCCAUGUGUCAUAUGUCAAGAACUUUGAUCAAAUAAAGAACUCUGUAAUAUUUCAAU